AUGGAAGAUCUGCCACCAAUCUCUGUCAUUGAAAAUGAUACUUUUUGUGUUGAAAUGAUGAAACGGCUCAACAUACAACGAAAACAAGGUCACCUAUGCGAUUUAACUUUGGUGACAAAAGAUGACGAAGAACUGAAGGCUCAUAGCAAUGUUCUAUCCGCUGCAAGCCCGUUCUUUAACAAGCUUCUUCUCAGCGACAUGAAGGAGAAGCGCGAAGGAAUUGUUCGGUUUGAGGAGAUUUCAGGAUCUGUUAUGGAAGAUGUUUUGGAAUUUGUCUACUCUGGAACUGUGGGAGUAACUCAGGAGAAUGCCGAGGAAUUAAUCGCCGCAGGGAAUUAUCUGAUCAUACCAAGCUUGAAAACUGUUUCAGGGCGAUUUCUAGAAGGAGAAAUGUCUGAUAAAAAUUGCAUCUCGACCUUUUAUUUCGCUGAGAAAUAUCAAUGUAACGAGCUUCUAACCAAUAGCAGAGGAUUCAUCUACGAAAACUUUGCUUGUGUAGCAGAAAUGGAUGAAUUUUUGAGCUUGGAAGCUAAAGAGGUGGAGCGGUGGAUAUCAAGUGACGAGAUUGUUGUUAAAGCAGAGCUGGAUGUUUUUAAGAUCGUCCAAAAGUGGGUUGAACACAGCAAAAGGGAGCGAAAAGCAGCAUUUGAGGAAUUGUUUCGUCACGUUCGACUGGUUUACUUAUCGCGUGACUAUUUGUUGAGUGUCGUGACGAGUGAACUAGUGCGUGACAAUGGAGUAUGUCUGAAGCUGAUCUCAGAUGCCAUACAACUCACCACAUUUUCAAAUGAACACGAUCUACCCCAGUCCCCGAGAAAGGGUCUUGAAACACGUGCUAUUGUUGCUUGUGGAGGUAAAUAUACAUUUUGUUACAUUCCUGAGGAAGAUGAGUGGAAACGUUUACCUGAUGGGUCGUCAGAGAGGAAUGAGCAAACCCAGAUGAUAAGAUUCCACGAUCAGUUAUAUGUAUUUUCUCCCUCUCAUCCAACAGAGAGAUAUGACCCUGUUUACAACGGUUGGUCUACGUUGGAUUUUCUAUCAACUCCUGCUACAGUAGUUGUCAUGAAAGGAGAAAUCUAUGCUCUUGAUAUUAACACAUUAACGAAAAAAUCAACAAUCGAAAGAUACAAUGUUGAUAUGUGCUCCUGGCAAACAGUUCUUACAUCAAAUAAGGCGUGCAGAAAAGAAUCUUGUGUUGUUGCUGCUGGCCAUUAUCUGUAUUUUUUUGGUGGCAGGCCACCAAGGUCCUCAAAAUAUGUCACAACAGCAGAGAGAUUUGACACCAUGGUAAAUGAGUGGGAGGAAAUUGCUGACAUGCAGCAUGAAAGGGGGGUGCUUUUGGAGUGGCCACUGAAGAAAAGAUUUUUGUUGGAGGUGGGUCACAGGUCAGACUAUUGUUUGAAUUCAUGUGAGGUGUACAAUGUAUCAACAAAUGAGUGGCAGAUGAUUGGAAACUUGAAUGUAUGCCGCAAAUAUGGUACUAUGAUGUGUCUGAAGGGAAAAAUAUAUGUGCUAGGUGGCUUUACUAGUUCAUGGAGAAAUGAAUUGAAAGUUGAAUGCUAUGACCCCACCAAGGAUAACUGGAUUAUAAAGGCAACCAUACCCGUGAAGGAAAUCUGCAGAGACGAUACAGAUACAUUUAGUGGCUGUGUACUGAAGUUCUCCAAAGGAGUACUGGACAAACUUAAAAUUGUUGAACACUGAUCAAAAUGUAUAUGGUUGUCCUAGAUAAACAGAUUGAUGAAGAGUACUGCCUGAAAUAGAGGUUCCUCCAAACCCCAGAUCAGAUCUAAAUAUUCAAAAAGGGUGUUUAAAAACAAGUGCAAAUCAACAAACAUUUUCCCCUUUACUCUGAAAAAUUACUCCUUAUGCAUGUAAGAAAGUAGCCAUAUAUUUAAAGGAACACAUUAAACAUUUUUCUUAGGAACAGAACAGAGAAAAGUUAGCUUAGAGGGCUUGAGCCCUGUCUGGUUAUAGUUUCACAGUUAGAUUAUACUCUGUCAACUGAGCUACAUAAAAUUUGUUGGUGACUCAGUUCACUUACUAAGGUCAUAUGUGACAAAAUGUCCUGUUUGUUGCUUGUAUCAGGUAAUGUGUACAAUGAAAGCAAAGGUAGAUGAAGCAAAAGCUAAUGCAACCUUUCAGAUAUGAGUGAAUAUAUCUUUUGCAUUGAAAUAUUACACCAUAGUUAACCAAUCUCAGCAUAUUUGAGCCCAAUUGUUAUAACAAUUUUGCCUACUUCAGAAAUUUUUCUUGGGGUGGGGAGGAAGGGGGAUGAAUCAACCAAGAACUCUUUAGGGAACUGGACCAUUUACUGGGUUCAUGAGUGGCACAUAUCCUGUAUAAUGAUAGAAUCACAAGAGUGUAAAGUUUAUUUUUAUCUUGUUCAUGUUAGCAUUUAAGAAGCUUUUAAUUAUAAAAGGUCUGUUAAACCCUUUAACUCCCAUGAGUGACCAAGACAGAAUUUCUCCUUACAAUAUCAAUGAAAUAUCAACCAAGUAAGAGACAAGAAUAAAGAAAAAGAUCAAUUUGGGGAUAAUUACUUGAUCCACUUCGAAAUUCUCUGAACUAACAUUAUAAGAACUGUAUGGUUGACAGUAAGGAGAAUUGCAAAUUUGAUCUGGGACUUAAAGGGUUAAGCAAAAACCACAUCUGAUGAGAUUCUCAUCUUGGAUUAAAUACACUGCUUUUUUUUAAUCAAGCAAAACCUAAAAUUUGUAUAAAGAAAACUCCUGACAAUUAGGCUUGAGUGAAAUCUGUGUCAGAACAACUCUCUAGUAAUUAAUAAUUGCUAGAUUAACAAUCAACAUUUUUUAAACUACAAGUUACCAGUUUUAGUGUUCAAAUUUCUCUUUCAACUUGAAUUCUAGAAGUUUUCAGAUGUUUGGAGAUUAGUGAUGCCAAUGCAAAAGUUUCCAAGUAACUGACCACUUAAGAAAACAAACAAACAAAAAAAUAAUAAAAUCAAAUCAAAUAAAUAGUUUUAGGACAGAAAAAUAUGCAUAAAUUUAUCAAGGAUGUUGUAUCGCCAGAGAAGGAAACAGGCUGAGUAUUGCUUUCUUGGCAUUGCAUACCAUUCUACAGAGUCAAAGGGUUGGCUUAAAAAAAAUUACUCUUAAUGCAUGUAAGAAAAAUGUAUUUAAUUUAACAAGGACAUUAAACUUUUGUCCCAAGAACAGAACAGAGAAAAGUCAAUUGUGAGGGCUUGACUCCAAGUGGUAUUUUUCUUAGUUUCAUUGUACUCCAAUGACUGAGCUACAUGAAAGUUGUUGGUGACCCAGGUCACUUACUCAAUUCUUACAUAAUAAAGAAAUAUGUCCUGUUUUCUGCUUGGAUAAGAUAAUAUGUACAUUGAAAGCUCUCUCCACAAGCACUCCCCUAAAAAAUGUGUUAUAUAAAACAGAAGCUUUUACAGGGUUUCAAUUUUACAAUUGCAUAGAUAUUUUAUACUGAAAUACUUUAGGUCCAAAUAAACAGCUUCCCCAUGUUAUAACCAAUCCCUUAGCAUGUAUGGGCCUUUGGGAGUGGUCAUUACUUAUUACCUGGGGGGGGGGGUUGAAGGAUUUUGGUUGUGUCAUGAGAAAAUCUAACUGAACCUCCAUAAGGCUCUGUUAAAUAUUCUUGAUCCCCCCUCAAUGGCAGUCAAUUUUCUAGAGUCCCCAUGGGUAUACACUACUGACGAAAAUUCAUCCCCCCUCUAUACUCUUUGAGAACCAUGUGAUCCCCUAGAUCGCUGAGCUACAUACAUGUUGUUGAUGACCCAGGCCACUUAAUUUCGUAUCACCAAAGAAAUGUCCUGGGUAAGGCUUGGAUUAAAUAAUAGGUACAGAAGAAGCUCAUCCCACAAACGCUCCCCUCUGACACACUGCUCUAUACAUACUCAUGUUUAUUACCAAAUUAGUUUGCCUAAUACCCAUACCUAAACCCUGUAUUAAAUCCAUUCACUCUUAAGAGCGACCAAGAAGUAAUUUCUCUUUACAUAAUUAAUAAAUUAACAAUUCGGGAAGGUCUGGAAAGGAGCUAUUGGGCUUACUUCCGCAUUCGAAGUUUCGCUCUGUUGUCAAAUCUUCAUAAUUAAAGCCGUUCUUUUGAGUAUGGAAGAUCUGCUUCCUAUCACUGAAACUGAACAAGCUUCAUUCUGUGUUGAACUUACGAAGCGGCUCAACAUGCAGAGGAAACAAGGGCAUUUAUGCGACUUAACUUUGGUGACGAAAGAAGGUAAAGAGUUGAUGGCUCACAGUAACGUGCUUUCUGCCGUAAGUCUGUUCUUUCACAAGCUUCUUCAGAGCGAUAUGAAGGAAAGCCAUGAAAGAAUUGUUCGGCUUGAGGAGAUUUCAGGAUCCGUUAUGGAGGAUGUUUUGGAUUUUAUCUACACAGGAACUGUAGAGGUGACAGAGGAAAAUGCCGAGGAACUCGUCGCUGCAGCAAAUUAUCUACUAAUAUCAAGCUUGAAAGCUAUUUCCGGUCGAUUUCUAGGGCAGUUGAUGAACCACUCAAACUGUAUUUCAACCUUUUACCUGGCUGAAAAAUAUCAUUGCGACGAACUUUUCACCGAAAGCAAGAAUUUCAUCCAAGAAAAUUUCGCUUCUGUGGCUUUCAUGGAUGAAUUUCUAAGUUUGGAAUCGAAUGAAGUCGAAAGGUGGCUUUCAAGCGAUGAGAUCACGGUGAAAGUGGAAGCUGAUGUGUUUGAAAUCAUUGUAAAGUGGAUUAAACGCAACAGAAGUGAGCGGAUUGCAGAUUUGGAGAAAUUGUUUCGUGUCGUUCGGCUGCAUUUCCUAUCGCGUGACUACUUAAUUGAUGUCGUGACAAACGAACUUGUACAAGAAAGGCCUGUUUGUUUAAAGAUGGGUUUGGAUGCAUUGAAGAAGACAACUUUCUCGAUCGAAGGUGACCAACAACAAUCACCGAGAAAAGGGGUCGAAACAAGUGCCAUUGUAGCCUGUGGAGGAAAAUAUACUUUUUGUUACUUUCCUGAGAAGGACCAGUGGAAACGUUUAGCCGACAGCUCGUCGAACAAAUACGGAGAUUUUAAGGUGAUAAGAUCUCGCGGGCAAAUGUAUACAUUUCCGAGUUAUUAUGACGAUCCAGAGAGUUUUAAUCCAGUUUUAAACAGCUGGUCCACAUCAGACUUGUUUGCAAUUUAUGUUCCGGUGGUUGCCAUUAGAGGAGAAAUCUACGCAGUCGAGGUUCAGACCUCUCUAGAAAAAACCAUAGUGAAAAAAUACAAUGUGGAAUCGUGUAUUUGGGAGACACUUCUCUCGUGUCUUGAAGGCUGUAGAAAGGAAGCUUGUCUUGUUGCAACCGGCAGCCAUCUCUAUGUGCUUGGUGGAAGUCCUCCCUUAUCGUCACAAAACGUCGCGAAAGCUGAGAGAUUUGACACUGUGGAAAACAAAUGGGAGAAAAUCGCUGACAUGCGAGAAGAAAGAGGCAAUGCUUUUGGAGUGGCCAUACAUGAGAAAAUCUUUGUCGCUGGUGGAUCGCACAGAGAGAAAAAGUCAGUGUUGCAAACUUGUGAGGUAUAUGAUAUCUCAACAAAUGAAUGGUCUCUUACCGGCAGCUUGAUUAUUUCUCGUAAGGGCGGAAGUAUGGUUUGUCUAAACGAAAAAUUGUUCGUGUUGGGUGGAAAGAAUGACCGUGAUGAGGCUGAACGGAUGAUUGAAUUCUUUGAUCCUGAGGAGUGCAAAUGGACCCGGAAGACAACCAUACCAGUCGAAAAGAUUUCUAGAGGGAAUAAAGACACAUUUACAGGCUGCGUACUGAAGCUUCCUAAGGGAGUACUAGACAAAAUUCAAGUUAUUGGGUAG